CUUACAACAAGUUUGACUUUGAUUCAACGUCCGACGAAUCUACAAGUGGUAUUUUGAGGCGUAGGAAAAAGAAGAAAGAAAAAUUCAAAAAGAAAGUAACUUAUUUCGACAUGCUACCUGGCGAUAUUAUGUUGCCAACGCCUGUUCCAGUUAUCAAACACUCACCAUCUGACAAGUCUAUACUAAACGUGCCCAGUCCGAAAAUAAGUGGUGAAAUCAUUCAAGCUAAAAGGGCAAGUGUGAAGCCAGUGGAGAUGGUGCCACCGCUGCCACCCAAAGCAGCGGACCAGCUUUAUAAACCGCACAGUGGUAUAGUUAUCAACAGAGAUAAAGAUUAUGUCCCUGAUGUUGUCCAUAUGCCAGGACCGAAGAUUCUAGGGAAAAAAGAAAAGAAAAGGUCAUGCCACAAAGGAGGAGUUUCAGUAAAGUUAAGUAUAAUAUGUCUUACAGACGGUACGCGGCAAUGAGAAAACGCCGAAUGGCUCGAAAAAUGAAGAACGCUGAUUCAGAAAGCCAGUUUACCACAUUAGGUGUUACCGAUGGAAAACCAAGAGCGAGAAAUAUCCAAAAACGUGUAAAGGAUGAUGACUCCGUGUGUGGUCUCGAUGAAAUACCGAGACCGGAACAUGUCCAAAUACCAGCAAACCUAAAACGAGGGACCCUCCAAACGCAUUCACUGACAGUGUUGCCUUGUACGAAGGAGAGGAAACCUGACGUUCAUUACGGUAUCCUUACGGGAUCCUUUAAUAUGUAUGACGCGAAAUUUGGUGAGUUGUUAUUAUCUGAAUUAGAUUCGCUACUCUAUAGUGGAGCUUUCUUAGAUACACGUCUGUUUAGAGCCUCAGAUAUACUUAACCAAUAUAAAAUAUUAUGCAUUUAAUAUUAGCGACAAAGAUUGUACCGAUAAAAAUUAUUCAAAACAUUAUUUAAUGCUGCGUAAACAGUUUAAAUUACUUAUUUAAUAAUGGAUUUGGAAAAAGAUGACAUGGAAUAUAAUUAAGAUGACUAAGUGAAUUGUAAACAAUGGAUACAAUGGUAGCGAUUUAAUGCCCUAUAUGAACUUCCACUCCCAUUUUCAUCUCCUUAUGUGCUUUUUUUCGGAACAAAAUUUAAGAUAGAUAAGAUCAGCUCACGCAGACUUUUUCUUAGAAUUAUUAAAGAGGAUCAAUUUCGUUAUACACGAUUUUUGUGUAACUUUUACCGUUUACGCAGCACACGUAUGGAAAGCUUUAAAAAAGUAAAAUAUUCUCCCGUUUUUGUAACCUUCCUCGAUAAGUGGACUAUUCAACACAAAAACAAUGAUUCAAUUCGUUCCUGUAGUUUCUGUGAUAGUAUGGAUCAAUGAAACAAGCAAACUCUUCGGUUUUAUUAUUAUUAUUAGUAUAGAUAGUAGAUAAAAGACUAAUUUAUAUUUUUAAUGAAAAAUGUUUAAAAUAUCCAUUUUGUACCUGGCACUCUGUGAUGGGAUACGAAACCACGAAAUUUCGCAAUCCGGGUGACUGCUUUAACCACUGAGCUACCCAGGACCCAAUAGGAAUGUCGAAUUUUUCAAACACUUGUUAGUUUUUCGUUACUACAGAGCUUAUUUUCACAAUUUUCAGGAAAUCCACCCAAACAAAAAAAAAAGUUGUUUACAAAUAUAUAAACUUUCGAUAAAGAUGAUCUAAUUAUUAUAUUUGAUCAAUAUUGCAUUUACAAUGCUACACCGAAAAAUAUUCUAAAAGAAAAAAGUUUCAGAAAAAAUACUAAUUUGUACCCACUUUAAUUUCCAUGUUUAUUUGUAGGCGGUAGGUCUAAGGGAAGACAAGCUCUUACCAUGAGCGUUAUGGCUUAUUGUUUGGCGUUCCAUUACCAUCCCAAGCAGUGGACCAUGAAACUUAUUGACAAUUUGGUCGAUGCUGGAGAUCAAUGGUAUAUGCAAUGUUUAGAAAAGGUUCACGAUCAUUCUGCCGUCCAAGGAAUAUGUGAAGUAUUGCCAUUUGGCAAAAAACAAACACUCGUUUUGAACGGAAAACGUAUGCAAGUGUUGCUGGGCGAGCCAGAUAUAGUCGGAUAUACUAUGUCCUUGGACCCAACCGUAUAUAACCUUUGUAGGGGAUUGAAAGCAUUUUUCAGAGAUAAUCGCGCUGGAGUUUUGAUGACCAGGGUGCUGAAAGUAGUGAUUUGGAAGGAUAAAAUUUGUUUCUAUAUAUUCGAUCCAGCUGGCAGAGAUUCUAGAGCUUACUCGAAUUUCGCUAACGGCUGUGCUGCUCUCAUAAACGUCAAAGACGUCGAUUCCAUUGCCGAUAUUUUACUAGCACGUAGUAUUGUGGAGGAUCAAAAAUUUGUUUUGGCAUCUGUAAAAGUAUUGAAAAUGAUCGACGAGAAAUGUGACGAAGAUAUAGAGUCCGAUAGAGAGUUAACACAAGCUGAAAAGGCAAUGAUGGGCUAUAGAAUUUUAAAUGAGAACUGUGCCAUUGUAAACGCAAAUAUGCAUUUGGGAGAUAGAUGUUUUGAAGAUGCAAAAUAUCGCCAAGCUUUAACAAUUGCUGUUGCAGCUAUGACUUAUGCGAAAAUAUCACCUCCUAACACCUGGUUCACUAAAACGUUGGAUAAAAUUUUACGUUUGGGUAACAAACUUUAUGUUGACUGUACACACCCUAAAGUUAUGAUAGACCUAACUAUUGACAAUAUACCUAAUGAAAUUAUCAUAGGUCCGUAUGCCUGUGAAAUCAUUAUAUACAGGGAAAGAGUGAAAGGACAGCUCUUCACUACCAAAGAAUGUCUAUUCAAUAUUAGAACUGGCUUAGAAGAAUUUUUCAGUCACGAGUAUAACAAUGGUAUAUUAGAGUUUAAUAAUUACGCUAUCGCGUUGUGGAGACAAAAAGAUAUGUUUUAUAUGUUUGAUCCUUAUCCACGCACUAACGAUGGUCGAAGAUCUGUUAAAGUUGGAAGAGCUUGUUGCAUGAUGCUACUUAAUUCCGAUACCAUUGUCGAUGUUUUUACUAAGAAUUGGGAUUACCUGCCGGCUUCAACUCAGUUUUAUAUACAUGCAUUCAAAGUAUUGAAAUUAAAGAAAAAGGAACUUAAGACGCAAAUAGUAUGUACUCUUAGUGACGAACAACUUCCUGGUUAUAAAAAAGCGAAAAGAAAAGUGCUUUCUUUAAGCCAAGGACAUGGGGAUGGAAAAGAAAUAUUUCACGAUGUUUUGCCGAUGGAUAUCCUGGAAGAUAAACCUAUGGGCCCGCAGGUAGAUGAAGAGCAAAUGGGUGACAUUAUAUCGUUAGUAGAUAGUAUACAAGAGGAUUACUUACCACCUAUUCCUUUGAGAUACAAAAACAUGGCACCGGAACCGUUAGAACCAAAAAUUGUAAAUUUGGAUUCACCGACUGUGUCGGUGACACAAGUGGUACCGCCGUGGCCGAAGCCACGUGAUAAAACCAACGAGCCCCCUGAGCCCGACCCGGAUCCCGAACCGACUCCUCCCCCUACACCCCCGCCAUUGCCGCCUCCAGAGGGUGGGGAGGAAGAGGAAGAAGAAGUUGAAGAAGAAGAGGAUGAAGAAACAAUGAAGAAAAAAAAAGAAGAGGAAGAACGAAGAAAAGCUGAGGAAGAGGAGGCGCGGCGAAAAGCUGAGGAACUACCGCCGCCGUUGCCGCCGCCACCGCCAUCGCCACAAGGAGAGCCCGAAGUACCCCUUGCUCCUCCAACGAAGCCGAUGGAAGAUGAAGUUCAGACAAUGGAGCCUGUCAAUGUAGAUCGACGUAUAUUACUCACAGAAGAUGCAAAGUUUAGAUUUAAACUGAGACAGUUACGUAAAAAAUUUACACCGCCUCUAAUGGAAGCCCAAAUGGAUCAAACGCCGUCUCAGGAACGUUUACAACCGAGUAAUUUCAAGAAUUUACCGGACAAUACAGAAAUUAUAAGAGGAACCGCAAACGGCAUAUCCGAUGAAAAAGGCUUGGAAGUACUUCCAUUUGCUGCUAUUAUGGCAAUAGUGACUUCGUAUAAAUACUCUAUAAACACAUGGACGCCUGGCAUCGUCAAUUUUGUAGUAGAUACAGCAAAUAAAUUAUACAAUAAAAAGAAAGAAAAGUUCCAAUUAGCUCCCGUUCAUAUUAUACCGAAAAUCGCUAUCGGGCAUCAGGCAUAUCAAGCUAACAUUGAUGUGGUGGGUGAAGGUGCUACUUGGCAAUUAGAGGAUGUGUUAACAAAUAAAUACUUGUUGAAAUACGAUCGCGGAAUGAUUACAACAUCCAACUAUAGUUGUGCAUUUUUCAAAAGGAAUGGAUUGUAUUAUCUAUACGAUGGAAGCACUUGCAAUGCCAUGGGUUUGAGGGAUAGUAAAGGCAAAGGACAUGCAUGUUUAUUGCGAUUUAACUACCUACAUGAUCUCGUGACGAGAAUUUUGUUUAAUAAAGACGGUAAAACAGAAGAUCAGCAGUUUAUUUUGAGCAAAAUAUUGGUGAGAAGACUUUUGACCGAACCUCGUAUGAAGUUACCCGAAGAUUAUAAUUAUGAAACUGGAAGGCCUAAAUCCACGAAAUCAAAACCAACAUUUGUGUCUCCGCCAAAGUCAGACAAAAAAAGCAGUAUUGAUGAAGCAGCUAAGAAAAGUCAAACGUUAGUUGGCUAUCAACAGAUGGAUGGAGGAUAUAGAUUGGAAGGUACAACUUCUCUCAAAGAUGCUAAGAUUCCAAGUUCAGACGUCAAAGCCUGUCAUUUUGUUAGUUUAAUAGCAAUGUUGAUGGCUGCAAUGCAUCCUAUAAGAACAUGGGAUCAUGUGAUGGUAGAUACCUGCAUAGAGAAAGGUCUAGAAAUCGUUGAAAAAGCCACGAAUUUGAAUGUUUGUGAAAAGAGAGUAAUCAAAAAUAUAAUUUUGGAUGGUAAAUUUAUAAAUGUUAACAUCAAAAAACUUAUUGUUGUAAAUGAAAACCCUGAGAAAAAACUAGAACAGUUUCUGGAUGCGGUAUUACGAAGACUUCGUUACGUAUUAGUUAGAUUUCCAACUUGCAGCAUGGUGAUAUGUCAAACAGAAGGAUAUUAUCACCUUUUUGAUCCGUACGCGUCAGCGAUAUCUGAAGAACCUGCUAGGAAAGAUAGUGAAAUAAAAACUAAAGAAUCCAGCCCCAAACUAAAAGCCAACAAAGUAGCGUCGUGGACACUCUACAGAUCCAUGGAUGCGUUAAUCCAUCGACUAAAGAAGUUGAUUCCGUCAUGCUCAGUGAAUAAACCCGAAUUUUAUACCUUUGAGUUGACUUCGGUGAAAACUGCACCACGGCAUUCAGCGAUGAACUACAGAGUAAGUCCACUAUUUAAACCAGACCCAAAUCCUAAUUUACCUUAUUUGAAGCGCAGAAAAAUUCGCCCUACCGUCGACGAAAAAAUGUAUUGGCUUAAUAUUGAAACUAUACCCUGGUCGCGAAUGAAUCCUGUCAAUGAUUUAGGGUUUGAAAGAAAAACUCCACGCACGCUGUGGAAAGAAUGGGAUAUCGAAUUCCCUGGAGAUCUUUUCUCUCUGUGGGGAACUUUACAUCCGAUGGAUUCCAAAUUUAACCCGGAUCAUCGUGGGAAACAAUAUCUAGCUACAAACGUCGUAGCCAUAGUUAUGGUUGAAGCUUGUGAUUUAAGUGCGUGGAGUAGUAGUUUCCUUGAUGGAAUAGUCGAAAAUGGAGAUAAAUAUCACAAAAAGUGUCAAGAUAAAUUAGCCUCGAAACCUAAUCACGAAAUAACGUUAGAAGAUUUAGAUUCUAAAUUUGAUGAAAUCGCUGUUACCGGAGGACUAAGAUCAGCUCAGGCGCUUGCGGUACGCCACAUUAUUUUUUUCUAUAAAUAUUUACUCCAUCUAGACUAAUAUGUAUACUUCUAAACAAGCUGUUCAAUACUCGAAAAUAACUCUAUAAAUUGUGUAACACAACUAAGUACGUCAUAAUCAUUUCAAAAUCGUGUAGAAGAAGAGUGUAGCGCUACGCUGCUGUACUGCCGGACACCGUGGUCAAUCAGUCAAUCAGCGUUAUACUCGAAAUUGUGGUCGUCAUCAUCACUUAUGGUGUGGAACUGA